AUGUCGAAGAGCGAAGAUGUCCCGAGUCCGAGCGAAGCCGGCAGCGGCUCGACGGAAGGUUUCCGAGCGGACGACCUCAUCGCGCCGCUGUCGGAUAGCGACGAGGCCACGUCGCACUCGCUUCACGCCGACGAAAGAGGUCGAGAGGCGAGCGCCGGCGAGCGUUCUUUGAAAAAGCACGCCGGCAAGAAAGCUUGCAUCUGCUCGAUCUGCGGUCAAAGUUUCACUCGGAAGGGAAGCUUGAAAAUACACACGAGAACCCACACCGGAGAGAAACCUUUUGUCUGCUCGGACUGCGGCCAAAGAUUCUCCACGACGGGAAAUUUAAAAAUACACAUGAGAAAACAUACCGGAGAGAAACCCUUCAGGUGCUCCAUUUGCACUCAAGGGUUCUCGACCAAGCAAAACUUAACGAGUCACACGAGAACCCACAGCGGCGAGAAAUCUUUCGCCUGCCUAAUUUGCGAUCAAAGGUUCACCGAUCUGGUCAAUUUAAAACGACACACGAGAACCCACAGCGGCGAGAAAUCUUUCGCCUGCUUAGUUUGCGGUCAUAGAUUCACACGGAAGGGAAGCUUGAAAAUACACGCGAGAACCCACACCGGCGAGAAACCGUCGUCCUGCUCCGUUUGCGACCAAAGAUUCACCACCAAGGGAUAUUUGAAAAUACACAUGAGAAUACACACCGGCGAGAAACCUUUCACCUGCUCGUUUUGCAGUCAAGCGUUCGCUAUCAAGCAAAACUUGAUCAGUCACACGAGAACCCACACCGGAGAUAAACCUUUCUCCUGCUCGCUUUGUGGCCAAAGUUUCGCGAGGAAGGACAGCUUGACGAAGCACACGAUGACCCACACCGGCGAGAAACCUUUUCCCUGCUUAGUUUGCGGUCAAAGGUUCACCCGGAAAGACAGAGUUAGGAAGCACGUGUGCGUCGGCGUGAGAAGCGGCGGCCACUGA